UAUGUAAGGAGCCACAGUUUUAAGUAGAAUUAAGGGGCCGACCAUAAAUAUCAACUUUUUCAAAAAGUGCAGAAUAUUUGGAGAGUGAACAUUUUAAUCAAUUUUUCGUAUUUCCAGCUAAGUUGAUGCUCAAAGUUGCACUUUAGCAAUGACGGAAGAGAAGAACAAAGAUAUUCGCUGCUCUUCUCCUUCACAACUUUGAUUUUGUGUGUGUCAAAUGAUGAAAGAUGUCCAAUCAAUUUAAAGAAAGAAAUCAGGAAAUAUUUUCCCAUGCAGAAGGAAAUGGAAAUCUAUAAUUCUUCCUCGGAAGUACUGAUUGAUUUUAUUUUCAUCUCCCUUAGCGAGUCGGUGAUUUGUAGAAAUCUAUGGAGAGUUGAUGGGAAUGGGUAGCUGUGAAUAGGUUACAUGGACAUUUGGUGAGGGAACAGGACUGUUCCGUGACUUUCUGGGUUCACUGCCUUUCUUCCGCAUCGCAUGUGGAAUUGUUUGGAGAAAGAAAUAGCUAUUGCAUUCUUGGAAGAACGGUAGCGUUGUGGUUAGCACGCAUUACAACACCAGCGAGGUGGGUUCGUAUCCCGUCACUGCCUGUAAGGGGUUCGUACAUUCUCCCCGAGACUGCGUGGGUUUCCUCCGCGUGCUUCUGUUUCCUCCCACGGUCCAACGUACUGUCCUACUAACCAUACGAACUGGUUAGUCGGUUAUUUGGACAUUGUAAUUGUCCCGUGAUUAGGCUAGGAUUAAAUCGGGGAAUUACAGAAGGGCCUCUUCCACGCUGCAUCUCAAUAAAUAAAAGAUAAGUACGUGCAGGCACCGGGUCGUGGGAUACUCACCAGGUAAUGUAUCUGACUGCGGGUGGCCACAGAUAUUCAUCCUAACUAUUCCAUCUACUUUUCAUGUAUAUCCCACGGCCUUGAGCCAAUCUCUUGUCCGGGAGCCGGACAGUCUCAUUUGUGCAGAGGAGGAGGAACGCAGCACUGGAUUCUCGCAACUGCGCUGGACCAGAUUACAGGAACGUACGAAAUCUACGCCCACUAUCCUCGGGGGUCCCUGAAUUUUAACAUUAAAUAUCUCUCACUUGGCAUCAUCGAGAGUUUACUGGAAAUGCCAGGUCUAACUGGAGGGGAGUUCCGCGGAACAGCGUGAACCCGAAAACCCGGGGAAGAGUGUCGCGCUGAGAGAGGCCUGAGAGAAACGCCCCCCUCCCUUGGUCACUCGUGCGGGGUGGGCGGGGUGGAGCCUGCUGUGGCUGGGUUGUGGGGGCGAGCUCAUGUGCAGUCAUUGUAACGAGGGGAAUUUCCCCCCCCCUUAUAUACGUCACGCCCGAUUAAACACGGGGAGGGGAUCAGUUUUUUACUCAGUCUGGUCUGUGGUGCCUUCAGGUAGGAUGGAGAUGGGACCUUGGGUGGUUCUGUUCGCCGUGCUGACAACUGUGUUCGCUCAGAGCAGCUGCCCUGCAGGCAAAUUUCGGAAUAUUCACACUGGCCAGUGCACAUUUUGCCCAGCAACGACGUACACAGAACGCGAGAACAACAAGACCCAGUGCAACAGGUGUCGCAUGUGUACAAGAGGUGAAUUUGAAAUCAUAUAUCCCUGCAUAGCGACCGCCAACACCAUCUGUCAAUGUAAACAGGGUUUCACGUGUACAAGGAGUGAUUGUAAAUCUUGCAAGGCCCAAAGGAAGUGUAAGAAAGGACAGGAGGUAACACAAAAAGGUGAUUCAUUUAAGGACACGCAGUGUAAGGACUGUGAGAACGGCAGGUACUCUGAUACAGAGAAUGGCGUCUGCAAACCCUGGACAGACUGUUCAGCAAAAGGACUCCAGGUAGUGCGGAAUGGGUCCAGGACGGAGGACGUAGUGUGCGGGUCUCUCCCUACAGUGGCAACAACCAGCCAAGGAUGGGGCAACCACAGAACUCUGAUGCCACCGGACCGUCCGAGGAGCCAAGACAACAAGAAUGAUGGGAUAAUUGCAGUUAUCGCCAUUGUAUUGCUGCCAUGCGUCUUCAUUCCAUUCAUGCUGUUCGUGAUGGUACAGUCCAAGAAAAAGCAGAAACCUGACCAACUGGUUGUGAAAAACUUCGAGGAUUUUCCAUUAUCCUUUAAGGACAACGACGUGUGCAGCUGUCACUCUCCAGAAGAGGAGACGGGAGACUGGCAGCUCCGGCAAGAGACCACUCCCAAACCUCCGGAGUGACCCCGCCAACAUCCUGAAGCAGGAUCAGGGACUUUGAAAUGAUUGGGGUAGCAUUAUUCAACACAAUAACGAAACACAAGGUCAACAACCUUCAGUCUGCAUUUCACUCUCAACUUGCAACUUCCCAGAAAGAACUGGUUCAAAAUACUUUGCAGAUUCAAAUUGCUAUGGACAAUAACUCCGUGGAAUUGAAAUUAAUAUCCUACACAGUCAUGGAUGACUCCUCCACCCCCCCCGUCCCUCAAUUUUUGUCCGUUCCUAAGAUUAUAUUGCUUAAAAUGAUUCUUAUGAAAGAUGUGCUCUAAAAUAUGUUUCUUUCUCUGUGAUCCAGUCUGAUGGUGCACCGUGAAGUAACAGAUACAGAACAUUCAGAAGAAUCAGGGAAAGAUGAGAAUAUUUUACUUGCCCUGUUCUGAUUGAUAGCAAACUGCUGGAGAAGGUGUUGAUACAGAUUUGGCAUUAACUUCCUGUAAUGCGAUUACAUCAGUAUUUGAGGUUAACUUGCAGGCGGAGUCAGAGGUGGGGAAGGCAAAUGCAAUGUUAGCAUUCAUUCUGAGAGGACUAGAGUAUAAAAGCAAAGAUGUAAAGCUGAGGCUUUAUAAGUCAUUGGUCAGACCACAUUUGGGAGUACUAUGACCUGAUUUGGGCCCUCACUUAAGUAAAGAUGAGCUGGCAUUGGAGGGGGUUCACGAGAACGAUCCCUGGAAUGAAAGGGUUAACGUAUGAGGAAUGCAAACACAAGGAAAUCUGCAGAUGCUGGAAUUUCAAGCCACACACAUAAAAAUGCUGGUGAACGCAGCAGGCCAGGCAGCAUCUCUAGGAAGAGGUACAGUGGACGUUUCAGACCGAGACCCUUCGUCAGGACUAACUGAAGGAAGAGAUAGUAAGAGAUUUGAAAGUGGGAGGGGGAGGGGAGAUCCAAAAUGAGGAACGUUUGAUGGUUCUGGGCCUGUAUUCACUGGAGUUCAGAAGAAUGACGGGGGCGGGGGAAAAUCCCAUUGAAACCUAUCAAAUAGUGAUAUGCCUAGAUGGAGCGAAUUUGGAGAGAAUGCUUGUAAUAGUGAGGGUGGUGGUGGGGGGGGGGGUUUGAAUGGCAUUAAUUCUACUCCUGUGUCUUGUGGUCUUAUGCCUUCUGGUAUUUUCAAGGGAGAAUUUUCCAGAGUUGUGGUUCCAGGAGUGGAAAUAAUUAAAGAGUUGGUUCAGGAGGUUGGCUGAAGGAAGGAAUGGAUAAGGUUGAGAAAGUGGGUGUCAGAUGAUAAGGCGGGGGGGGUACAGCAGCCUGAUGAAACCAACAUGAUAUAAGAAGCAUUAAUAGAAUGAUACGGUUUUCCCCAGGGUGGCAAAGACUGAUGCCAGAGGACAUACUUUUGAGGUGAAUUGAGGAAGGUUUCAGGGAGAUGCCAGAGAUGUGUUUUUUUUAAUAUACAGUAAGUACUAAAUGCCUGGAGUGCACUGGACUACACUGCGUGAGUGCUGAUAGAGGCUGACACAUUGGGGAUAUUAAAGAGACUUUUAGGUAGGCACAUAGAAGAUAGAAACAUGAGUGCUGUGGGGUAUGUAGGAGGGAGGGUUAGAUUAAUCAUGGAGUAGAUUUAUAUUGGUCAGCCCCUUGUGGGCUGAAGUGCCUCAGCUGCUCUGUGUUGUAGCAGAGAAAAGUGAGGCUCUUGCUAUUUAAGAUGAAGCUCUAACAUCCUGCCUUACAUCAUUCAAACUGUCUGUUGUGUUGAGGCUGGUAUUCUGGAGGUGGGAGAGAGAGAGAGUGGGUCCUUGACUGCAGGAAAGAUUCAGUCAAUACAGGAAAAGGGAGUGUUGGGGAGAGACAGAUCAUUAGGAUGUGGGAGUGGAGUCUGCUGUGGAGUGGAGAAAGAUAACUUUGAUCACUCUGUCUACUUUUUAAAUUUUAUUUUAAAAAUAGAUUUUAUUCAUAAUAAAAUAAUAUAUA